GUGAACGGGUCGCCAAUCCUAUGUUGGUGAAAAAAGCAAAUGGUAAAUGGCGGAUGUGCAUCGAUUACACUAACCUCAACCAGGCAUGUCCAAAAGACUGUUACCCAAUGCCAAACAUUGACAAGCUGGUAGAGGCGGCUUCUGGAAACGAGAGAUUAAGUCUCUUGGAUGCAUACUCUAGCUACCACCAAGUUCCAAUGGCUCUUGAGGAUGAAGACAAAACCUCGUUCUAUGCCGGCGAUGAGAUCUAUUGCUAUGUGAUGAUGCCCUUUGGCUUGAAGAACGCAAGUGCCACUUACCAGAAGAUGGUUACCAUCAUAUUCCGAGCUCAAAUAGGCCAGAAUCUGGAAGUUUAUGUUGAUGAUAUAGUGUCGGGAAAAUUUCUAGGCUUCAUGGUGUCUAGAAGGGGGAUUGAGGUCAACCCCGAGAAGAUCAAAGCAGUAGCUGAGAUGGAACCACCGAAGUCAGUAAAAGAUGUACAACGGUUGACAGGGAGAGUGGCAGCUCUUCAUAGAUUCAUCUCAAAAUUCAUAGAUAAAUGCUUGCCGUUCUUCAAGAUCAUGAGAUUGGCAACCAAAAAGGAUGAAUCUGGAAAACAAAAGAAGUUUGAAUGGAAUUCAGAAUGCCAAGCUGCAUUUGACGAGCUGAAGUCUUAUCUUAACUCACCUCCUUUGCUAACAAAGCUGAUGAUGGAGAAAUCCUUUACUUGUACCUCAGCAUAUCAGAUGAAGCUAUCAGUUCUGUGCUACAGCCUUAGCGAUUGUCACUUCGGCCAGAAAACUGAGACCGUAUUUCCAAUCACACCCAAUUAUAGUCCUCAUGGACUAGCCCCUCAGACAAAUUUUGCAGAAGCCAGAAUGUUCCAAAAGAUUGAUCAAGUGGAUUUCAUAGUAGAAUGCACCUCGGCUCACUCUGGUUCCCAGUCCGAAGUGGACAGUUGUAUUUUAUAUGUUGAUGGAGCAUCAAGUAACAAAGGUUAUGGCGUUGGUGCAAUCUUACUUGGCCCAGAUGGGUACCGAAGCGAACAUGCUCUGAAAUAUAAUUUUGAUGCCACCAACAAUAUGGCUGAGUAUGAGACUCUACUACUCGGCUUACAGCUGGCGAUAGAACUGAAGGUUGCAAUGAUACAAAUAUACUGUGAUUCGCAACUAGUAGUCAAUCAGGUCAACUCAGUUUGUGAAGUGGUUGAUCCUGUUAUGAUGAAAUCGGUUUUUGUUGAAAUUCUGGAUGAGCCUAGCUUCUUUAAGCCAAAAAUGAUGGAGAUCAACACAAAUCCUAGCACAUUGAGCUGGACAGAUCCAAUUGUCUCCUUUAUGCGAGACGGAAUAGUGCCUACGGAUAAACAAGAAGAGAUGAGGUUGAGGAAGAAAGCAUCUCGGUAUACCCUUGUUAAUGACGUCCUUUACAAGAGAUCUUUCUCACUCCCUCUACUCCGCUGCCUGAACCCUUACGAGGCUGAAUAUGCACUUCGGAAAGUGCAUGAAGGUGUCUGCGGAAGUCACAUUGGUGCUCGAACUUUGGCUCAUAAAGUCCUUAAACAAGGAUAUUACUGGCCCAACAUGUCUAAAGAUGCCACUCAGUUUGUACAGAGGUGUCAGAAAUGUCAGUUCUGCCUCACUACUCUGCUCACACCGUGGCCAUUAGCUCAAUGGGGGCUUGACCUUUUAGUUCGGCCAUUAUCCAGUCUUACCUCUAAGAAGGUUGAAUACUUUGUUUUUAGCUCAAUCAUUUGCAGAUAUGGGAUCCCGAACCAAAUUGUUGUUGAUAAUGGAACUCAGUUCAAUUGCUCCUCAUUCAGAGAUUUCUGCUCCAGCUAUGGAAUCAAACUGCAGUUCACCUCGGUGUACCACUCAAAAUCUAAUGGGAUGGUAGAAUCUGUCAACAAAGUUAUACUCGAGGGGAUAAAACCAAGGUUAGAGCUGCAUAAGGCCAGGUGGGCAGACGAGCUCAACAACGUCCUCUGGGCAUAUAGAACCACGAGCCAAACUGCCACAGGUGAAACACCCUACCACCUGGCCUUUGGUGCCGAAGCAAUCAUUUCUAUCGAGAUAGGAGUCCCAAGCUUCAGGGUCACCCAUUUCGAUGAAGGAUGAAAUUGACAACUGCUUUGGGAGAACCUUGAUCUACUUGAUGAAGUCAAAGAAGAAGCACAGCUUCGAACUCUUGUAUACAAGCAGAAAAUAGCCAACUUCUACAACAAACGAGUUCGAUCCUG